CAAUCCUCCUGCCUCAGCCACCCAAGUAGCUAAGACUACAGGUGCACACAACCACGCCUGGCUAGUUUUUAAAAUUUUUUAUUUGUAGAGGUAAGGCCUUCCUAUGUUUCCCAGGCUGGUCUCAAACUCCUGGCCUCAAGGGAUCCUCCUACCUCAGCCUCCAAAAUUCUGGGAUUACAGGUGUGAGCCACUGUGCCCAGCCCUGUUUCCUAGUAAGUAUUAGUUUUUAUGUAUUAUAUGUUGAAAGUGGAUUUGAAGCAGUGCAAAGUGCAUCUGAAGCCUAUUUUAUCCAAGGAUUGACCACCAACCCUAGUGAUUAUCUACUGAUUUCCCCAGAAGGCUGCUGCCGAGAAUCUCUGGAGAUUCAGAGAUGGACUUCUCAGCCACAAAGUGGAACAGGAUAUCACCUCUAUGCUGGGGGGACAGGAGAUACCAUUUGUACACAGCUCGAUACUUUGGAAGUUUGUGAUUCUUGUUUGUUGUUUUCAGCCUUCUCCACUACUUAGUAAUUUUUAGGAAGAAUUUCAGUCUAUCUCAGCUAUUCAGAAGGAGCACUGUACUAAAGGCAGGCGAAAGCAAGGGGAAGGUGGUUGUUCGGGAUGCUUGGCCAACCAUCUUCCCUCCUGCCUGAAAAAGACUCUCUCCUUUGACCAAAACUCCAGUCAGGCUUCUCUGAGUCCUCUGCUUGACUAGGCCCAAUCUUGGGCUUUUCUCUCUGUCCUUGCAGAGCCCAGUGUGAGCAGGAAUCCUGCUAAGUGGUUCUAGUGAAAAGCCUCUACUCUUGGUUGACCACCCUUGUUAUCUGAUCACCCUGGCCUGCCUUCAGCAGGAAUCCUAUCAGGUCUGUUUAGACAGAAACCCCCUUAUCCUUGGGGCUUCCUCUUAGUCAUUUUCCAUGCGCUGCUUUCCACCCUGCUCCUUGAUUAUAAAUCCCCACGUCCUUGGUAGAGUUGGUGUUGAGUUCAAUUUCUCCCCACUGCAAGGCCCUGCAGUGCCCCUCUACCUAUCACCACGGCCCCCUGGAAUAAAGUCUGCUUUACCAUCUGAUAUGGGUUGGCUGUGUCCUCACCCAAAUCUCAUCUUGAAGUGUAAUCCCCAAGUGUCUAGGGAGAGACCUGGUGGGAGGUGACUGGAGCAUGAGAACAACCAUGUUGUUCCCAUGAUAGUGAAUUCUCAUGAGAUCUGAUGGUUUUACAAGGGGCUCUUCCCCCUUCACUCGGCACUUCUCUCCUGCCACCUUGUGAAGGACGUGUUUGCUUCCCCUUCUGCCAUAGUUGUAGGUUUCCUCAGGCUCCCCAGCCAUGUGGAACUGUGAGUAAGUCAAAACUCUUUCCUUUAGAAAUUACCCAGUCUUGGCCGGGCGUGGUGGCUCACAUCUGUAAUCCCAGCACUUUGCGGGGCCGAGGUGGGUGGAUCACCUGAGGUCAGGAGUUCGAGACCAGCCUGGUCAACAUAGUGAAACCCUGUCUCUACUAAAAAUACAAAAAAUAGCCAGGGUGGUGUCAGGCGCCUGUAGUCCCAGCUACUUGGGAGGCUGAGGCAGGAGAAUCGCUUGAACCGGGGAGGCAGAGGUGUCAGUGAGCCAAGAUCGUGCCACUGCACUCCAGCUGGGGAGAGUGACUCCGUCUCAAAACAAACGAACAAAAAAAGACUGUGAAAAUGAACUUUACGAAUAAAGCCUAAAGAAGCAAAUAAAAGUCAUACUUUUGCCUUCUAAAAAUAAUCGAUGUUAACAUUUUGGCCCACUGGAACCUCUUAGGGACUGUGUUGAUGAUCUACAAAUCACAUAUUUAUCCCACUGGCUGGCACUUAUGAACACUGAAAAUGCUUUUUAUUAUUAUUAUUUUUUAGUACUCCAUAGCCUAUCCCUUUCAUUUAGCUGGGUAGUGUGGUCAAUUUCCCCAUAAUAUGCAUUCUCACAUAAUUGUAUGUAUUUCUGGGGUACAGUGUGAUGUUUCCAUACAUACACACAUUGUGCAACCAUCUAAUCAGGGUAAUUAGCACAUCCAUCACCAAAACACUUGUCAUUUCUUUGUGGUGAGAAUAUUCAAAAUCCUCUCUUCUAGCUAUUUUGAAGUUAACAUUAUUGUUGAGUAUAGUCACCCAAAUGUGCAAGAGAAUACCAAAACGUAUUCCUCCGAACUAUAACUUUGUGUCUGUUGACUAACCUCUCCCCAUCUUCCUCCCCACUAACUCUCCUCUGUACAAGAAUAACCACUCUUUUACUCUCUACUUUCACGAGAUCAAUUAAAAAAAAAAAACUUUUUAAAACAACUGCACGAUAAAUUUUCAGGCUCACACUCAUUUAAAGCCGUGACUUUGGCGAAGAGUAACUUCAUUCUGCUGGGGGAAAAAUUUUAAAUGGCCUGAGUCCGGAAGCUCGCCAGCGCAGAAGUGCAGGGUCGCUCCGCCGGGCUCGCCGAGCCGGGGACCCCCAGCCACCCGCCACCACGGCGGGGAGGGCAGGGUGCUGACUCCCGGGACCACGACACUCGGCCCCGGUGGUGGGGAUUCCGCGCGGGACCCACGCGGGAACAAAGAGGCGGCUGGACGGCCCAGCUCUCCGCACCCGGAAGGACCUGUUCCACCUCUCCGGCUCCUGUACCCCUCUAUCCGCAUCUGAGUGACCAGAUCCCACUGCAGUCAACAGCCCUCGGGGUAGCCAGCUUCGAGGGACCGCCCGGAAAGACACAACGCGCGUGGAUGGCACCGGGCGUCCAGCCUCGGGAGAGAUUAGAGGUGGCGCUCCUGCUCAGCGCCGGCAAUCCAGGGGAAUCCGCGGCCAUCGGGGAUCCACCAGGGGUGAGGCGGCACUGAGCACAACUGUGAGACUCUCGGGAGCUACGCCUCCGCUGCCCCAGUGCCACCCGUUUUUACUUCAGGCGGUUCUGACCGCCGUCGUUUCAACCUGGAGAGGUGGGCCCUCCCCUACGGACGCACUUCCCUUCCCCGGCAGGAAGGAAGGCGCUGACCCAGGGUGCACACGCCCCUGGCUGCGCAUGCGCCGUUCGUCAGCGGCGAGUGGCCUCGCUGCGCCGGAUUCGUCGCUCCGCCAGGAGUGCGCCUGCGCGGUCGCUGGGGCUCGCACUUCAGCUUCCCCUCCCCUUGGCCCCCUCGGGGGCUCCGAGCCCGGCGGGACCAUGUUCACCAGCACCGGCUCCAGUGGCCUCUACAAGGCGCCUCUGUCGAAGAGCCUUCUGCUGGUCCCCAGUGCCCUCUCCCUCCUGCUAGCCCUCCUCCUGCCUCACUGCCAGAAGCUCUUUGUGUAUGACCUCCACGCAGUCAAGAACGACUUCCAGAUUUGGAGGUUGAUAUGUGGAAGAAUAAUUUGCCUUGAUUUGAAAGAUACUUUCUGCAGUAGUCUGCUUAUUUAUAAUUUUAGGAUAUUUGAAAGAAGAUAUGGAAGCAGAAAAUUUGCAUCGUUUUUGCUGGGUUCCUGGGUUUUGUCAGCCUUAUUUGACUUUCUCCUCAUCGAAGCUAUGCAGUAUUUCUUUGGCAUCACUGCAGCUAGUAAUUUGCCUUCUGGAUUCCUGGCACCUGUGUUUGCUCUGUUUGUACCAUUUUACUGCUCCAUACCAAGAGUCCAAGUGGCACAAAUUCUGGGCCCGUUGUCCAUCACAAACAAGACUUUGAUUUAUAUAUUGGGACUGCAGCUUUUCACCUCUGGUUCCUACAUCUGGAUUGUAGCCAUAAGUGGACUUAUGUCCGGUCUGUGCUACGACAGCAAAAUGUUCCAGGUGCAUCAGGUGCUCUGCAUCCCCAGCUGGAUGGCAAAAUUCUUUUCUUGGACACUUGAACCCAUCUUCUCUUCUUCAGAACCCACCAGCGAAGCCAGAAUUGGAAUGGGAGCCACGCUGGACAUCCAGAGACAGCAGAGAAUGGAGCUGCUGGACCGGCAGCUGAUGUUCUCUCAGUUUGCACAAGGGAGGCGACAGAGACAGCAGCAGGGAGGAAUGAUCAAUUGGAAUCGUCUUUUUCCUCCUUUACGUCAGCGACAAAACAUAAACUAUCAGGGCGGUCGGCAGUCUGAGCCAGCAGCGCCCCCUCCUCUAGAAGUUUCUGAGGAACAGGUCGCCCGGCUCAUGGAGAUGGGAUUUUCCAGAGGUGAUGCUUUGGAAGCCCUGAGGGCUUCAAACAAUGACCUCAAUGUCGCCACCAACUUCCUGCUGCAGCACUGAUAGUCCCAGGCCAACACUGGGACCGGACCGGCAGCCGAGUGACAGUGCGUGGUCCCCACCAUCAGAUUAGCCCGGGGACCGAGCACCUCUGGUGCUGAUGUUCUUGUGGGAAGAGGGAGGUUCCACCGCACCCCUGCCCUCAACCGCAAGACUGUUGCCGUUUUAGUGUGGAGAUAAGUUUGCCAUUACAUUAGCAUGUAUUUUCUAUCUAUAUUUUUUAUUGGGCAUUUUCCCUAGGUUGGAGAGUCAUCACUCGUUUUGAAUGUGUUUAAAAUGCAUUAAAAUGGAAGAUUUCUGCAGGCAGUUGAAUGGCACUCCAGAUGGGGAAUUGCUGUAACCCUCUUACUGUAACAUGUCAUCUCCUGCGUCGUGAUGGGGAGAGGGUAAUGUUAUUUCACAAAGGACAUGUCAGAUCCUUCUUCAUGGACUUUUUUAGUUACUGUUUUUUCUCUCCAACUUGUUUUCUAAUCUCCUGGGAUUGAGGGAUAAACGGGGAGCUGAAUCCUCCCCCGAGCUGUUCCAGGCCAGAGGACUCUGCAGUACCUUCUCCUACAUCUAGUAACAAAGAAUGGUGAUAACCAUGCACUGGUUCAAGGUUCUGGAGUUCUCCAUGAAACUUGGGUUAAUUUUGCUCAGAGUAUCCAGAGUUAGCCACUAGGCUGCGGGUGAAAUGGGAUGGAGAAGAAGAACAGCAGGCUUUCUGGAGCCACAUGGGCUGACUAGGGCACUCUGUGGCUGGCCUGGCACGGGCUCAGCCCAGGAAGAGGAGAAAUGAUCCCUUGCCUGCCACUCCCUGUGGCAGGGCUAACUGCCUGGCCCUCCUGGCUCGCAGCCAGCCAGCCCCCUGGCAGCAGGUUCUCCUCAGGGCUUGGGUCUUCAACCUCUGGCGACAGGAGGCAGGGCAGACUGUGGAGGACAGGAUGCAGGUCAGGGAGAGGGAAGGCAGGGGUGGACCGUCAUGAGCAUGAAAAGACCCGAAGCAAGUUGACUCUUGCAAUGUGCAACUGUUAUGUUCUGCAAAAUGAGCAACGAUGUAUCAAAUUGAUGCAAAUUUAGAUGUUGAUACUUACAAUAAAGUUUUUAAUGUGUUUUA